AUGGGGGAAUCGAUGCCGAACUUCUAUGUUGGAGAAGGUCCGAACCUGAAUCCGGACCCAGGCCUCUUUGAGCCCAUUGUGGAUCAACUCACUGGAUUCGUGUAUCCUUCGGUGGAGAGUCUGAUAUACCCGUCCACCAGGGAUGACGAGGUCGACAUUCAGAUCUCGAUCGCCAAAAUCCGGGUGGACGGAUACGAGGUGGCCAGGGAGCGUGUGGAUAACUUGGAGAAGCAGAUACUCAGCGCUUUCCUCGACCAUUUACUCAGCCAGGGCAAGCUCGUGCUUUGUAAAGAGAUAAUGUGCUGCGCCGCCGAUGACCAGCUCCAUACAGUGUACUCCCGCCUGAGAGACUGUAUACUCCUGCCAAUGCUGAGUCGGACCCCUGGCGAUGAGGAAAAGCUGCAUGACAAGAAGCAGCGCCAGCUCCAUGAACAAUGCCUGGACCGAGACGGUGAUGCUUGCGUGGUCACUCGCAUCAUGGAUACGGUCAGAUAUCAUGACCAUUCACAGCCCGAUGAGCGCGUGGAGGGCCUGACCGAUGCCAUCUACAUCCUCCCCCGUCCUUACGAGGAGUACCAUGGAUCUACCGACGACGACUCUGGAGCUGUCUCUGGCAGUGGUGCCUGGCAGGCACUGCGACGUUACUUCCCUAGCACAGCUAAUGCUCUUGAGCCGCGUACGGUCAGAUCUGCAGGGAAUAUGGUCACGUUCUGGGACGAGCUGGCCAUGGAAUGGGACCGGUUUGGAGUUUCCCUUGAGCCUACCGUACGUAACCCCAUCGCUCACUUCGCUGCCCCCCAAUAA